AUGGUUACAAAAUCCGAAAAUACUCUGGUGACUCGAAUAGCCGGUCUCUUUUCUUCGGGAAAUCAUCAUAGCCCGGAUGAGAAGGCUACCCCUUCAAUAACCUCUGCAAAAAGUGACACAACCGAUGGGGACUAUAAACUAGUUCAACUGUCUCACCAUGAAGUACUUGUCGAGUUCGAGGACGACUCCACCGCAAAUCCCACCAACUGGGCUUUUAACAAAAAAAUAUACAACGCCAUCGUGGCCCUCCUAGUCGUCCUCAACAGCGGCAUAUCAUCCGCGCUACCAAGCAAUGCAGUCCCCACCAUCAUGCAGGACUUCGACCAGUCCGGAGACGGGCAGCAGGUACUACCAACCGCGGUAUUUCUGAUUGGAUACGUGAUCGGCCCUUUGGUAUUUAGUCCCCUGAGUGAAACUAUGGGCCGGAAACCCGUGCUCUUUUGGACGUUUUCUAUCUUUGUCCUGGCUACGUUGGGCUGUGCUCUGGCACCGAACUGGUCGUCGCUUUUGGUCUUUCGGGCUAUUUGUGGCACGAUGGGUGCUGCGCCGCAGACUGUUAUUGGGGGUGUUUAUGCGGAUCUUUUCUCGGAGAUGCGCAGUCGUGGUCGAGCUAUGGCUUUAUACAUGUCGGCUGCUAGCUUUGGUCCCAUUUUAGGUCCGAUUAUCUCUGGCUGUGUCGUUCAGUAUGGCUGGCGAUGGACCUUUCGCAUUGACCUGAUUCUGACUGGAACCACCUGGGUUGGUCUACUCUUCAUUUCCGAGACAUUUGGCCCCGUUAUCCUCAAAAGACGUGCUGCGAAACUGAGAAAAACCACCGGAUGCAACUGGUACUUUGCUCGACAAGAGCUGCAACGAGAAGACGCUAGCUUCACCACGACGCAAAUUAUCACCAGACCUCUGUCGAUGCUGGUCUUUGAACCUAUCAUUCUCUUCACGGCGAUCUAUAUAUCCCUGGCAUACAGUCUGGUGUUUUUCUAUUUUCAGGCAUAUCCGAUAAUUUUCAAAGGAAUCUACAACUUCGACAUCCAGACAACAUCCCUCACCUAUAUCCCCAUUGGCAUCGGCGCCGCAUCCUCCGGAUUGGUAACCCUCUACUACGACACAAUCUACGAAAAGGCCAAGAAGUUAGGCAAAACAUGGACCUCGAGCCCCGAGCUCCACCGACUCCCCAUGUCCUGCAUCGCAGGCCCCUGUCUAACAACGAGUCUCUUCUGGCUAGCCUGGACAGCCAAAUCCACAACCCACUGGGCCAUCCCCGUGAUGUCGGGACUAGUCUUUGGCUUCGGAUAUCAGAUCAUCUUCAUUUCCCUGCUGACCUAUGUCACGGACGCCUACCGCAUCUACUCGGCCAGCGCGCUGGCGGCCUCGGUGAUUCUGCGGAGCAUUGCCGGGGCGCUUUUUCCUUUGGCUGCUGACCCGCUUUACUCCUCGCUUGGGGUGUCGUGGGCUACCUCGGUGCUGGGGUUUGCUAGCUUGGCUUGCAUUCCCAUCCCGUUUGCUUUGCUGUAUGCGGGGCCUUGGAUUCGGAAACGGAGUCCGUUUUGUCAGCGGUUGUUGGAGGAGGAGAAGCUUAAGGGAUUGAGUGGAUUGAGAACACCUGAGGAAGCAUAG